AUGUUGGGUAGGCAAAUUAACUUUAAGGCGCUGGAGAACAGACUGCAACAAAUGUGGGCUCGGAGAGGUGUCAUUGACAUUGUAGAUCUUAACCAAGAGUUUUUUCUUGCCACAUUCACAGGUGAGGAAGAGCAAAAAUUCGUGUUUUUUGAGGGACCUUGGAUGAUUUAUGAUCGCUAUCUAAAGGCCAGAGAAUGGAGUGCAGACUUUUGCUCAGUAGGAGAUGCAAUUGAACAACUUGAUGUUUUUGUAAGAAUUUUCAGAUUACCAAUAGAGUACUACGACACUAAAGUCCUCACAUACAUUGGCAAUAGAUUUUGGAAGACAGUGAAUGUUUAUAAGAACACUCUUUUAAAGGAAAUAGGGAAGUAUGCGAGAAUUUGUGUCCAGGUGGACCUAAUAAAAUUGUUUCUUGCAAUGUUUUCGAUUAAAGGUCACUACUAUAAAGUAGAAUAUGAAGUCAUACAUCUCUUAUGUUUAACCCGUGGAAGGUUUGGACAUAACUCGGAUGGCUGCAGUGAAAUGAAGUUUGAGAUGGCAGAGCUAAGUGCAAUAUAG